AUGGCGGCAGAAACAAGUGAAAGGAUAUUCGUCCUUCCCGGCGAUCAAAUAUAUCCCUCACAAAUCCCAUUGCACCCGAAACGAGCAUUACGACUUGGUCCGGGCCUUCGUCAUAUCCCUCCUAAUGAGUUGAUACCCACGGUAGCUGGUCAGCUUGUCACAGAUCACAAGAAGAAUUCGAUAUGGGUGGAAUACAACGGAGGACGAUACGUACCAACGGUCGGUGACUUGGUCAUUGGAACCGUUCACCACUCCGCCACAGACUACUUCUACGUUAUGCUAUCAGGCUACACUUCCAACGCCGUGCUCCCACAGCUCGCGUUCGAGAUGGCGACGAAGAAGACACGACCCAACUUGAACCCAGGAUCUUUAGUCUACGCGCGAGUUAGUCUCGCGAACCGCCACAUGGACCCCGAGCUGGAGUGUGUCUCAGCGACCACGGGAAAAGCAGACGGGUUAGGCCCAUUGAACGGCGGUAUGCUGUUUGACAUCUCACUCGGCAUGGCCAGACGGCUUCUUAUGAGGAAGUCCGUCGAAGAAGGCAAGGUUGUUGUUCUAGAAGAACUCGGAGCCGCGGGCCUCGCGUUUGAGACGGCGGUUGGUAGAAAUGGAAAGAUAUGGGUUAACAGCGAGAAAAUCAAGGCUGUGCUCGCCGUUGGACGGGCGGUGAAGGAGACUGACGAGAAGAAUCUCAGCGUAGAGCAGCAGAAGAAGUUAGUACGAAAACUGAUCAAGGAAUUGAGUUAG